GUCAGCCAACAGCUCUCCCCCUCAGCUCCCCGUUUUCCCUCGUUCCCUCGGUUCUUUGACCGGGACAGACAGAGGCAGCAGCGGGCGGAGGUGAGGCUCUCAGCGGCCAGGUGUGUCCUCUGCUCGGGCUGCUGCUGCAGGAGGAGAGACGUGACGGGAAUCAGAGGAUCGAUGCUCUGAGGUGCAUCACCAUGAUGAUGAGCUCGUCAGAGAAGAUGAAGAAGAAGCCGGUGAAAGACAGCCUGACGCUGCUGCCAUGUUUCUACUUUGUGGAGCUGCCCAUCGUGGCUUCUUCUAUGGUGUCUCUGUACUUCCUGGAGCUGACAGACGUGGUGCAGCCGGCUCAGGUUGGUUUCCGCUGCCACGACAGAGAGCUCAGCAUGCCGUACAUAGACGGAGGAGACGAGCUCAUCCCUCUGCUGAUGCUGCUGAGCCUUGCCUUCGCUGGACCAGCCGCCUCGAUCAUGGUGGUUGAAGGUCUGGUGUACUGCCUCCAGUCCAGACUGAAGCUCCGCAGAGCAGAAGGAAGCAUCAACGCCGGAGGCUGCAACUUUAACUCCUUCCUGAGGAGGACGGUCCGUUUCGUAGGUGUGCAUGUGUUUGGCCUGUGUGCGACAGCGCUGGUCACUGACAUCAUCCAGCUGUCGACAGGAUACCACGCCCCCUUCUUCCUGACUGUCUGUAAACCGAACUACACGCUGGCUGGAGUGGCGUGUGACAGUAAUGCUUACAUCACAAAAGACAUCUGCUCAGGUCAUGACCAGCACGCCAUCAUGGCGGCCAGGAAAACUUUUCCUUCCCAGCAUGCAACGCUGUCGGCCUUCGCUGCUGUUUAUGUGUCUAUGUAUUUUAACUCAACCAUCUCCGAUAGCACCAAGCUCCUCAAACCCGUCCUGGUGUUUGCAUUUGCGAUUGCAGCGGCGUUGACGGGUCUAACUCAGAUCACACAGCACCGCAGUCACCCUAUCGACGUGUACGUGGGCUUCCUCAUCGGAGCCUUCAUCGCCGCUUACCUGGCGUAUCAUGCUGUUGCCAACUUCAAGUCCUCUGAUGACAUUCCUGUAGCCCCGCCUCCCCCACCACCAAAGGAGGACCCUCUGCGGGCGCUUACAGAGCGCGGACAUGAUUCCGUCUACAACAAAGGCCCCGCCUCUGCCUCUGAGAGUAAUGAUGAGAUUGCAGCCGCUCCGGCCCCUCUAGACCGCCUGGAGGGCCUGGGCCCCCUAGGGCCCCUGCAAAGGGAGAAGGACUCCAUGGGAAGCCUGAAGAGAGCUAGUGUGGACGUGGAGCUGUUAGCCCCCCGGAGCCCCAUGGGAAAAGAGACCAUGCUGACCUUUAGCAACACUCUGCCCAGAGCUAGCAUAAAUGCUAAUGGUGUGCUUGGGGCCAACCCAGGGCCUGAGGAAUCCCUGCAGCCAGUGCAGCCUGUGCAGCCAGUUCAACCUGUACAGCCAGUGCAGCGGCGUCUGAAGGCGGUGCAGGUUCCUGUGGACCCGAUGCGGUCCCAGCAGCUGGUGUCAGAGUGGAAGCAGAAAUCGAUGGAGAUGCGGGGUAUGAGCGUCCGUGACGAGGCGGAGCGUGAGGCCAGUGAGGACGGCUCCGAGGUCGGCUCUGUGGGGACGGAUGAGGGCGGGUCACAGGGCCAUGUCUACCAGCACCCGCUGCAGUCUGGGAGGGCGCCUUCUAGUCGAAACCCCACCCCACCACCAGGAGGCGCCAAAGCUGUGGCCACUCCCAGACCGCCACAGAUCCCUGAGGCAGGACCACCACCAGUUUCCCCGAAGAGCGCCUUGACCCGUGCCAAGUGGCUUGCCAUCCGAGAGAAGACCACUGGGGAGGGGUCAGCCCGGAGCUCAGCCAAUCAGCCGCGCCUCAUGCAGGUGAUCGCCAUGUCCAAGCAGCAGGGACUCCUCCCAUCGUCCUCCUCCGGGGAUAAAUCCUCCGAGACCACCUCCACUUGCUCAGGUUCCUCCACCACUGACUCCCCCCACUAUCGCCCCCCCUCUGAACCACGGGAGGGGUCUGGUAUUAUCACAGUGGAUGCUCACGCUCCUCACCAUCCUGUUGUCCAAGUCCCAACCCCUCCUCAAGCCCCGCCCCUUGCAGGUAAUGGUAAUCCUUGGGAAUGGGCGGGACCACCCAAUGGGGGCGACCCACGAGACACGUAUGACCUCAACAGUAUGACUCGGGGAGACUCAUCUGCACGGGGCAGCAGCUUCAGACCUCACAGAUCUGCCUCGCCACGCGCUGCCAUCGACCCUGAGCAGGCCCCGCCCCCUUCUCACACCCUGGUGGAUGGGGACGCUCAGCGCAGGGAAAUGGCCAUGAGACGCAAGACAGCGCUGGUCCUUUUGGACCGGGAAAUCCGCAACCAGAGUGAGCAGGAGAACUAUUACAAGAGUCUGCAGACACGCAGGUACAAGGACUAGUCUCUUACCUUUCAAAAUAAAAGCCUUAUUUUUAAACUGCUCAUUCAAAGCACAGAGGAGGUGUUGACAUGCUUCCUAUGGCUUCACCUGAAGGACAGGCAGAACUUUAAGUUUCCAUCGUGGGGGUCAGACUACAGAUCAUCUAUGGAACAUUUUCUUCUUAAAGUAAAUAUAAUAAAUGAUACACUGCAGACAGCCACUAGAGGGCGACAACACAAAAAACACAGCCAGUGGAGGACAACACACUGAACAAAACCAUGGGGCAACAACCCAUUGCAUAAAAUGGAGCCAUACACCAUUCACAACCACCACAGAGCAAAGAAUCCAUAGCAAAGAGCCACUAGAGGGCAGCAACACACCACACAUAAUAACCAGAGGAUAAAAAUACACAGCUAGUAUCACCACAGGGCAGGAAUACACAGCUAGAACAACACAGGCUACCACCAAGGGCAACACAGACUGUAAUCAGUAACAAUUUACAGAAUAAAGCCAUCAACAGAGGGCAACAAUAAACCUCAAAUUAGCACCUCAGACAGCAAGCAGAUGGUAAAAAUAACCCUCACAUAAGCACCAGAGGGCAACAACAUACCGUAGACAGCCAGUAGAUGAUGGCAACACACGGCACAGAGAUACUAAUGGGCAACCAUACACCUUAAUAACCAUCAUAGGACAACAGCAUACUGCACAGAGAUACAAGAGGGCAACAACACACCAUUGAUGGCCACCGUGGGAUGACAAUACACCCCACCAUGGUAUCAAUGGGCAAAAUCAAAAGCACAGGGCUACCAGUGGGAUAGCAUACACAGUUAAGAUAUUGCAAUAGGAAACCAUACACCGCCAAGGGUUACCAAUAGGCAACAUUAAACCGCAUGAAGGGGUAACCACACACAGCAAGCAUAGGCUACAUUGGAAGUUCUACAAAACUGUACACAGAGCUGAGCUACCAUUGGGCAUAAAUUUGUUGCAAUGAUCAUAAAACUGCCACAUCACACAUAUGAACAGAGCCAUCAGUGGACAACAGUACAUGCGCACAGAUUCAAAAUAGGGCAAGUACACCAUGGAUUGCAAGAACGCAUUGCACUGGAAAGACUUUAAGCAACAAGGCACGGUAAUGAGCUGUCAAUUGCACACUCUUGCACUGCACAGUUACCAGUUGGCAACCACACACCGCACAGUGCUACCAAUGGACAACAAGUCACCACACUGAUCUAUGUGUUACAAAGUAUGACACAUAUGGGCAUCGAUACACUAUAAAUGGGCUAUAAUUCACCACACAUGACCACCAGAGAAUGACUCGUGUGUUGAUAUCCAAUCAUUACCUCCAUCAGACUUCCAACCUCAGUGUGGGGCCAGCCAGCAGGAUGAAGGACAUUAUCCAUGGUAACUCAUCAUGUGACUGAGCAGAGACUCUGAAGCACAAACAUCCAACAUGCCUGAAAAAUGCAGUAAAGCUCCACCCUUUCCACCAAACAACGAAUUAGAGACUUUCUGCCACAGGCUCGGCUUCCUCUGACACCCUGUCCUAACAGCAUCAUAGCUAACAGCUUUAUUGUAGCUUCAGAAACUGUGAUGCAUUACGCAGCGCGGCACACUCACUGUCUGUCUCUGCCCUGUUAAUUUCAGGCUCCAUUUGUAAAUAGUAUGACAUCUAGCACUUUUAUUUUGAAUGCAGACAGACAGAAGUGAUGAUGGAUGUGGAUAUCUUUAAUGCACAACUUUCUCCAGUUUCUAAAAUGAGUUAACAGCUCUGUUGUCUGGAGAAAGUGAAUAAAAAUCAACAAAACAUUCCUGCCAAGCACUCCUGAUGCAUAGUCAUCCUCCUGUUUCCUCGUUCCUCUAUCUCAAGAGAGAGGAAAAUAGAAAUAAAGCUAAAUGGUGUGCAUACCGAUGCUUCUUGCGUCUGCCAUCAGGUUUCUACUGAUUUUAUCGCUGGAACUUGCCUACAUCACGCCCCAUUAGGACAGACUGUAAGAGGGUGGAGCCUGAGGUAGCGUUUCUGUGUGGAGAAGGCAUGCGGACAUAGUGGCGGCCAUGUUGGAGCUGACACUGGUUGUAUAUUUCCUGGAUGAGUGUCAUUGCCUUUGUUGUGAUGGUUUGGUUGCCAUAGUGACUCUCAGCAUGUUUGUUCGGUGUGCUGCGCUCUGAUUGGCUGAUGUUGUUUGUCCGUGUGUGUGAGUAUAAGUUUGAAAGUGUGUGUGUUUGUGUGUGUGUGUUUAUGAAGAAUGAACCAACAUGAGAAAUUUACAAAGAUGUUUUAAAUAUAAAGAUGCACACUCUGAUUUUAUUUCAGGUUCAAAAAUCAAGAACAGCUGAUCUAAGGGGAGACUUUCAAGAUCUUUGUGUUUCAUUAUUCAUCAUCUUUAUGAUUUAUCAGCAUUUUUAUUUAUUAAAACCUUCUCAUGAGGAAUUUUAGUUAUUUUAGUUUAUGAGAAACAUUUCUUGUAGAUAACACUGUAUUGCCAAAAGUAUUUACUCCCCUAUCCAAAUAAUGUAAAUCAGGAGUUCCAAACACUUCCAUGGCCACAGGUGUAUAAAAUCAAGCACCUAGGC